GUCGCGUCAAUAAAUGGACAUUAAUAUUGGGCUUAGGGUUUAGAGUUUAAUUUUAGGGUUUAAUAUAUAGGUUUAAAACUAAAAUCUGUAGUGGUAGGCCGCAUGUAGUAGGAGCCAAGUGUCGCCCAUGUUCUGUGUACAAGUUCGUGAUUGAGCAUUUGAGCUUCAAAGUGUCAGACUCCACGAAAGGCAGAGGAGAAUGAAGAUCUCCCUUUCUUUUAAAUGAAUGAGAUUAUACUAUAUUGGAUUCCCAUUCAAGUGCCUUCUGAGUUACUGUUGAUGCAUAAGCCUCCCAGAAAAACAGUUUCUUUGCCAGGGUUUGUUACCAAGCAAACAGAGCCAAGUUUGUUCCUAUGAAGCUUACGUGUUUGAGCAAAGGAGAGGGUUUCUAUUUUCCACCAUGUCACAUGCUCAAUAUCUGCGGGUUUCGGGUCUUGCUUGACUGCCCAAUAGAUCUAUCUGCUCUCACAAUAUUCUCACCUAUUCCUAUUGAUUAUGAUGGUGAAGUUUCCAAUUACUCAGCACAAAAUUUGAAUUCUGCGGAUGGAAAAAGUAAUAGAGUCGAAAAACCUCUUGAAGCAAGCGAUUUAAUAAGAGCGGUUCCAUGGUACAAAACUGUUAAAAGCUUGCACUUAUGGGAUGUUUCGUUCAUCGAUAUUGUUUUGAUUUCAAGCCCGAUGGGAAUGCUUGGGUUGCCGUUUUUUACUCAACUUAAGAAAUUUUCUGCUAAGAUAUAUGCAACAGAGGCAACUGUGAGGCUUGGGAAGCUUAUGAUGGAAGACCUUGUUUCAAUGCAUGCAGAAUUUAGGCAAUUUUAUGGACCUGAGGAGAAUGGUUUCCCUCAGUGGUUGAAAUGGGAAGAGCUUGAAAUGCUUCCAUCAGCAUUGAGGGUGAUUGCAAUGGGGGAGGAUGGGGCAGAGUUGGGCUCUUGGAAACCUUUGUAUAGUGCAGCACACGUGAAGGAGUGCAUUCAGAAAACUCAGUCCCUCAAGUAUGCUGAAGAAGUCUACCAUAAUGGGACAUUGGUCAUAAAAGCAUUCAGCUCUGGCCUGGAAAUAGGUGCUUCUAACUGGGUUAUAAAUGGUCCAAAAAGAAACUUCACAUGGUUAUCAAGCUCCAUAUUUGCAUCCAGACAUGCAAUGGGAUUUGAUUAUAAUUCUCUUCAAGGGAAUGGUGUAAUCUUGUUUUCAGAUUUCUCAUCCAUGUGUGGCAAUGUGAGUGUUGGUAUCAAUGCUUAUAGAAGUAUGAAUCAGAUACGGCCAAAGGUCAACUCUCCAACUGGUUCUGAUUUCUCAACCCUGAGGGAUGGAAACAAUAGUAAGGAAGAUUUCAUUAAGUCAGUAACUGAUACUGGUGAAAAUACAGUGGAAAUAGACAAGCUUGCUUUCAUAUGCUCUUGUGCCAUAGAUUCUGUCAGGGAAGGAGGUUCUGUCCUCAUACCCAUUGGUCGUCUUGGUAUUAUACUUCAGCUUUUGGAGCAGAUAUCAAUAUCCCUGGAAUCUUCAAAUCUAAAUGUCCCAAUGUUUAUUAUCUCUGAUGUGGCUGAAGAAAUAUUGUCAUUGAUGAAUGUUGUGCCUGAAUGGCUAUGUGAACAACGACAACAAAAGCUGUAUUCCGGGGAGGCAUUGUUUGGUCAUGUGAAGCUAAUAAAAGAGAAAAAGCUUCAUUUGUUUCACACAAUUCAUUCACCCAAUUUAUUAGCUAUUUGGAAGGAACCUUGCAUAGUGUUUUCACCCCAUUGGAGCCUGCGGCAAGGUCCUGCCAUUCACUUGCUGCGACGUUGGUCUGCUGAUAAACGCUGUUUGCUUGUUCUGGAGCAAGGGGUGGAUGCUGAUAUAGCACUUUUACCUUUCAAGCCUAUUGCAAUGAAGGUCCUCCAAUGCUCAUUUCUCUCUGGAAUAGAGAUGCAGAAAAUUCAACCUUUGCUGGAGAUAUUACGGCCAAAGCUUAUCCUGUUCCCAGAGGACUUGAUGGCACACAUGAUCACUUCACAUACGGGUUCAUCUGUAUAUUUUGGCUAUUCUGAGAAUGAAACAAUAUGUGUACCAAGGUCUAGGGAUGAGUUUGAAGUUGAUUUGGCAACAGACUUGGUGUUCCAGCUACAGCCAAGAAGAAUAAAGCAGGAAAAUGCUGCCAUUGCGAGGCUUAAAGGAAAGUACCAUGUACAUCAUGGACGACACUUGCUGAUAUCUGAAAACGAGCCUGUUAAUCAUUCACAGAGCCGACUGCUGUUGCAAUGGGGUUCCCUUGACCUGACUCUCCUACUGUUAGCUCUAAGAGAGAAAGGCAUCAACGGGUCUAUAGACAAUGAUGGAAUGGGAGAACAUAAUAGUUGCUUUCUACGCAUCUAUGAGCCCAAAAAGGCUUUGAUAGAAACCACUGGAACACUUACUGUAGUCAGUGCAGUUGACGAGACUUUAGCCUCCAUCAUCUUUCAAACCAUUUGCAGUGUUUUGGAUGCUAUUUAGAAGAACGUUGGGUCUUUUUUAUGUCCAUUCUUGGCAA